UGACGGUGUUCACUACAAGUGUUUAUGUUUUUUAUUGUAGAAUUUACGUGUCGGCAAUUUAGUAUUAAAACUAGUUAAAUUUAUAAUAAAAAUGAUUAAAAUAAUAUAUUUAUUAUUCACUAUAUAUGUAUCAUACACAUUAGGUGAAUUUACGUCAAAUGAUUGCCGUGAAUUGGGUUUCAUCAAAGGCCAACUAAUGUGUUCCAGUUGUGAGAAGCUGGAUGAUUUUGGUUUGGAAACAUUAAAGCCACAUUGUCGUGAGUGCUGUACGUUAGAUGAAUUGCCGGCCGCCCAACGUCGCUAUCCCAAAGCUAUAUUGGAAGUUUGUACCUGUAAAUUCCGUGCUUACCCACAAAUCCAGGCCUUUAUUAAGAGUGGUCGUCCCGCCAAAUUCCCCAACUUGACCAUUAAAUACGUGCGUGGUUUAGAUCCCAUUGUUAAAUUGUUGGAUAAAACCGGUAAUGUUAAGGAGACUUUAUCGAUUACCAAAUGGAACACCGAUACGGUGGAAGAAUUUUUCGAAACUCAUUUGGAAAAAGUGGGCUCUGGCGGUGACAAGCAAUCUUAUAGUGUUAUAGAAGAAGAAGAGGAUGAUGAUUUUUUGAGAACAAAUUUAAUAUGAAAUUUAAAAUAAGCAUUUCAUUUUACUAGCUAGUUUUCAUUGAAAUUUUUGAAACAGUGAGAAAAAUGUACUUCAUCUUUUGUUCAUAGCAUUCCUUAAUAAUGUCAUAGUAAAUUAUACAAUCGAUUAAUUGAAAAUAUUAAAAAAGAAGAUUUCAUAACAAAUCUAAAUGGA